ACACCCCAGACCAUCUUGUCUUUGUAAUGGAAAAAGAGAAUCCGUAUCAAGCUACUCAGCAGCUAAUCAAUCACCUAAGUCCACCAGGCUGGGCAUGGAAGAUUGUAUCUCUUCUGUACCUGAGGAGGCAGAAGAAACAGCUGGGGUGGGGGAAGGAGUUGUACUUGAAGUAAGGGCAUCUAUACUAAGAGAAAGGCAGCUUGCUAGGCUGCAUUCUGGGCCUGCAGAGUAGUGUUCCUUCUUUUUUAUACUACAGAUUGUGAACAAAUUAAUAUUUUAGCUGUAUUAAAGUGAUAUGAAAUCAUGGGUCACUCGCAAAUAAUAAGUUGCUGCAAGUGGGGUAUCUUAGCCUAAUAGCUGUUUUGAUAUCAAGACUUUACGUUCCAAUAGCCUAGCUGCUCAGAAAAGGAGACUGGGGAGAUGAAGUGGACAGCUGGCAUAACAUACAGACACUUGAACCCGGAAAUGAAAACACAGCUGCUGGGUCUAAUUUUAAACACAGAUCUUGAUCGGAUCCGUCUAGAUCCUGGUUGUCCUGCUACAGCAAAGUCAUUAGUGGGAGUAGAGAGGCGUGAAGUUCAAGGUACUGUUAAAAAAGCUUUUGUGAGAAGGGGCGUCACCCUUGUUCCAGUUAUGGUAUUUCCAUUUUUCACAGCAAGUUCAGAGCUACCAAAAUUGGGAAAGGAAGACCAAAAGGCACGGAGCGCGCUGCUCGCUGACAUCCAGCAGGGAACGCGCCUGCGGAAAGUCACUCAGGUCAAUGACCGCAGCGCACCACAGAUCGAAAAACCCAAAGGAGCUAACAGAGAUGGAGUUAACCCAGGCAUUAAUAAAGGCAGCUCUCAGCCACCUCUGGGAGGCUUAUUUGCUGGUGGCUUUCCUGUUCUCAGACCAGCAGGCCAGAGGGACAUGCCAGCUGGGAGGCCUGGGCAGCUUCCUGGGGUUCGAGCAGCAGCUCCUAAGCCCUCAGCCCCACCGAACAGCAGCGCUGCAAAGGCCAGCAGUAACCCCUCGCAUCCAGCUGAAGGCUCAAAGGCAGCUGUCCCACCAGAGCCUCCCAGCACCUCCCGAUCCGGAACUGGCCCUGGCCCUGGGCGGCCCAGCCUGCCUGCCCCCCCUCCACCGCCUCCUGCUACCAGCAAACCUUCCCUCACUUUCCCUCCUCCUCCCCCUCACCCCCCGCCAGCCGAGCGCCCUCCCAAGGGGGUGUCCCCAGGUGCUGCUCCUCCACUCCCCCCUUCUCAGGCUGACAAACCCCCCAAGUUUCAAGCAGGGGCUUCACACCUGCCCCCACCACCACCUCCCCCUCCUCCUCCUCCCCUGCCCCCUGUCCCCCCUGGCGGGUUUCCCGGGAGGACAACCGAUUUCCCUGCUGCUGCCGCCUCUCCCUCUGAAGGAAGAGACUGUCCACCUCCCACACCACCACCCCCACCUCCUCCUCCACCACACGCACACCCCCUGACCUCCAACAGGCUCUCUCUUCCAUCCUCCCCAGCCUUCAGCAGCGCUGAUGUGCCCCCUCCGCUGCCCCCCAAGUCCCCCCUCUUGCUGUCACAGCUCCAUAAGCCAAGCAGUAUUCAGUCACUGCCCCUUCCUCCCACCCCUGGCCUCCCUCAGCCCACAGCGGUGGUGGAGACCAGGAAGAAGAGACCCGGCCGAGGUGCAGGAACCGGUGCUGGGAAGCUAGUCACACCUCCACAGCCACCAGCAAGAUCACCAACAACUGAACUUACAAGCAAGUCUGGAGUCUCAACCUGGGCUACAGCUCAUGACCCCUACCCACCACUUAAAAAUGGAAAUAUGCACAUCAUUGAUGACUUUGAAUCUAAAUUUACUUUCCAUUCUGUGGAAGACUUCCCCCCACCUGAUGAAUUCAAGCCAUUUCAGAAAAUAUAUCCCAGCAAGAUAGCUAGAGAUCCCUCUAAAAAUCCUCCACUAAGAACACACGUGAGAUGAGUCUUCUGAUGCUCUCUGGAUUAAUGUUAAAGAAGAACAUCAUCAAGAUAAUAUAUAAAACAGAAAGGAUCCCCAAUACAGUGAUAGAGAUUAUAUGUGAAUUGCAAGUGCUGCAAAGUUAACAUUUCUAUACAGGAAUGUUACUAUAGGCUUUUAAAUUAUUGUAUAUAGGUGGGUAUUUUUUAAGCAAAGUAGCAUAAAAUUUAAAUCCUUUGUAGCGUUGAAGCAAUUCUCAUUUUUAUCAUGCUGACAGACGUUACCUCAGAACACUUUUUGCAUUACAUGCCUGUAUUUGGUUUUUGCCCUUCCGUUAUAAUUUUUAAGUAUUUUGGAAAUUCUCCAGUUAUUAUUCAGACAGUUUUUAAUUCACUAUCAGAAAGUAUUGCGCUACCUUUAAUCUCUUUCUGUGUUUCUUCACUUCUACUCUGCCUAUCAUCAGAUUGCAGCAGAAUGUGACUUUCAUGAACAAACAGGCCCAUAAUCCUUUUCUCAUCAAGGAUGAAGAGGAAAGAGGUGACAAGGAGCAGUGGCUGCUGUUGAGCCCAUCUAUUGAUUAUAGAUCCUUAUAGGAUAGUGUCUGAAGAAGCCCAGCUGGGUAGGCUGGUCAUGGACUUGACAAAGACAACAGGAUAGGAAGAAAAGGAAGUUUUUCUACUGUAAGAAAAAAAAAAAAUGCAUGUGAAUACACAUGCCGUGAAGUAAGUGCCCAUGUAAGGGCACGUGUCUUGUCUUUUCCUGCUGGCAGAGUGGCUAUUUACCAUUUGUGUGACAAAUUACCUCUACUCAGCUAUUAGGAGGCCUUUCGAUAAUGGGUCCAACAGGCAACUAGUGCUAGUGUUGUUCACUCACAGGAGCAGUGAGUUGGUUGAAAAAAGUAAAAACUUAGCAUCAGACAAAACUUGAGCUUCUGCUUUUAAUAUGUAGCCUGGGGUAAGGUCUUUGGAUGAUAGAUGUUCAGAUCUUGUCAUAAGAUGCCUAUUUCCAGAAAGAAUUCCCCUUAUUCUUGUACAUUUUACUGCGCCUAUAGAAGUGUUGCCAGCAGGUUGAGGGCUGUGAUCCUCUGAAAGGCUGAGAGAGCUGGGACCAUUCAGCCUAGAAAAGAGAUGGCUCAGAGGGGAUCUCAUCACUAUGUAUCAAUAUCCAAAAGGAGGGUAUAAAGAUAGAGCCAAGCUCCUCUCAGUGGUAGCCAGAGACUAGACCACAAAAAAUAGAAACUUAAAAACAGGAAAAAACAGGAGGCUCUGAACAUCAGGAAGCACUUGAACUGUGGGAGUGACAGAGCUCUGGCACACGUUGCCCAGGGACACUGGGGAGUCCUACUCUUUAGAGAUACUAAAAAGCCAUCUGGACAUGGUCAUGGGCAACUGGCUGUAGAUGUCCCUACUUGAGCAAGGGGGUUGGAUCAGAUUACCUCCAGGCAUGCCUUCCAACCUCAGCCACUCUUUGAUUCUCUUCUUACAGCUUUCCUGGGUUCCUGCACUUGGGUACAACCACCUCAUGCAGUGCUACAGGCUUGGGAAAGAGUGGCUGGAAAGCUGCCCAGCAGAAAAGGACCUGGGGGUGUUGAUCAACAGCCAGCUGAAUAUGAGCCAGCAGUAUGCCCAGGUGGCCCUGAAUGCCAAUAGCAUCCUGGCUUGUAUCAGAAAUAGUGUGGCCACCAGGAAUAGAGAACUUAUCAUUCCCCUGUACUUGGCACUGGUGAAGCUGCACCUUGAAUACUGUGUCCGGGGGGGUUUUGGCAAUGUUAGAUUUAUGGUUAGACUUGAUGAUCUUACAGGUCUCUUCCAACCUAAAUGACUAUGAUUGACUAGCUUGCAGAAGGGCACUGCUGUACCAGGGUAAGACUGAUGCUAACAGCCAGGCUAUUUAUGGUUACAGCAUUAAUUUAUAUAAUUGCUAUAAAUUCCCCUCAGCUGCAAUGACAUUAUAGAUCACAGGUGAAGAUCCUUGUCCAUGGCCAUGCCCUUGAACUAAACUAUUUGGAAAAGACAAGUAACAGCAUCUUUACAUACCUGCUUUUCUUUUAGUUCUUGCAACAGCUUAUCAUAGAAUGGUUAAGGUUGGAAGGGACCUUAAAGAUCAGGUUCCAACCUCCCUGCUAUGAGCAGGGACACCUCACAGUAAACCAGGCUAUAUAAGGACUCAUCCAACCUGGGCCUUAACUCACCUCCAGGGAGUGGGCUUCCACAACCUCCCUAGGCAAUGUAUUCCAGCACCUUACUACCAUCCUGGUGAAGAAUUUCUUCCUGAUGUCUAACCUAAAUCUACCCUUUUCAAGCUUAGUCUGUAACUCCUGCUCCCACACAUGUGCAUGGUCAUGGUGUGGAGGUGGUGUAAGGGUAAGAAGCUCUUCACCUGUAGGACUCUAAGAAAGCAUCAUUAGUCUUUUGCUAGCCUAUUCUGAUACUUUGCUGUACAUCUUGCAAAAAGAAAAAAAAAUAGUGAUGCUUUGUCCAGUACUUACUGUCACUGUCAUUGUUACAGUUACUUGAUAAAUAUGCAUGAAUAUAGUAAUAAGCAAGGGUCAGCAUAUAUGUUGCUUCUCAAAGAACUGGAAACGUUUAAAACUGCUUUGAAGAACAUUUUGUUACAGUACUAUUAAAGGUGACUUUACUGUUGAUUCUCA